AGUUCCUACCUAAUUGCCUUGCACAGAGUUCUCAAAGCAUCCCAGUGUUUCUCAACAAAAUGAAGGCUUGUUCAGUCAGCAAGUUACCUUCAUUUUGGUCCCUGUGCCUUCACUUGCCUCUUUUCCUUGCUUUGAUCUUCCCAUCUUGUAGAACUGUUUCCUCAUUGAGAAACGACACAGAUCAUUCGUGCUUACUCAAAUUCAAAUAAUCAAUAUCCGAUGAUCCAUACCAUAUCUUGGAUUCUUGGAAUACUUCUACACACUUUUGUCACUGGCAUGGAAUCACUUGUGGCCGCAAGCAUCAACGAGUCACACGGUUGGACUUAGAUGGAUAUCACUUGCGUGGUUCUCUGUCACCUUCCAUUGGAAAUCUCUCCUUUCUGAGAGUCAUUAUUCUUGACGACAAUGACUUCUAUGGAGAAAUCCCUCAAGAGUUAGGUCGCUUGUUUCGAUUGCAAGUACUUAGCCUCAGCAAUAAUACACUGAGCGGGGAAUUUCCAGUCAACGUGACAAGUUGCUCUAAACUCAGGUACUUAUCUUUUGGUGGGAAUAAUCUUACUGGCAAAAUACCAAAGGAGAUUGGUUCUCUCCAUAAUCUUGAAAAACUAUUUCUGCCCAUGAACAAUUUCAUGGGAACCAUCCCAAUUUCCAUGUGGAAUAUUUCUUCCUUUGUUGUAAUUAGUUUAGACUUGAAUCACUUGGAGGGUAGAAUACCUGAAGAAAUAGGUCACUUGAAAAGUUUGAUAGGAUUUGCAGCAGGUGGAAAUAAACUUUCUGGUGCAAUUCCUUCUUCUGUUUACAAUUUGUCAAAUCUCAUUAACUUUGAGAUUACACAGAAUCAGAUCAGUGGCUCUCUCCCAAGCAACAUGUUUGUCAACCUCCCUAAUCUUCAAAAUUUUCUGCUCGGAGAAAAUCGAUUCUCAGGUCCUAUCCCAGCUUCCAUUGUAAACGCCUCUAUGCUUCAAUGGAUCUCCAUACCAGGAAAUAACUUUGUAGGGCAUGUUCCAGAUCUUGGAAAAUUGCAUGACCUUUCAUUUCUGAGUGUGGGUCAUAAUAAUCUAGGAAGCAAUUCUUCUAACGACUGGGAGUUUUUAAAACCUUUGAUCAAUUGCAGUAAGUUGGAAAUUCUAGCCUUGAAUAGCAACAAUUUUGGUGGCCAUCUACCAGAUACCAUAGGAAAUUUGUCUGCUCAAGUCACACAAUUAUAUCUUGAAUAUAAUCAAAUAUCUGGCAAAAUCUCUCCAGCAUUAGGAAACCUCGUUAACCUGAGGCUAUUGCACAUGGAGAUGAAUUAUUUCACUGACAUCAUCCCAUUUACUUUUGUAAAGUUUCAAAAGAUGGAAGCUUUAUAUUUAUCAGGAAACAAACUGUCUGGAGAAAUAACCCCUUACAUAGGUAACCUUACUCAAUUAUUUGAUUUGGAUUUGUCAGAUAAUAUGCUUGAAGGACAAAUCCCUUCCAGCAUUGAAAAUUGCAAAAAAUUGCAGCAGCUUGACCUAUCACAAAACAAGUUUAGUAGAGCUAUACCAAUAGAGAUCUUCGGCCUUCCAUCUUUAUCAGUCUCUCUAAACUUAUCACACAACUUGCUGAGUGGCAAUCUCCCUAAUGCGGUGGGAAAUUUAAAAACUAUUACUAAAUUGGAUGUCUCUCACAAUCAUUUAUCUGGCGAUAUUCCAAAAACCAUUGGAGAUUGUGCAAGCUUGGAGUAUCUCCUUUUACAGGGAAAUUUCUUUCAAGAAACAAUUCCUUCAUCUUUGGGCUCAUUAAAAGGUUUACGAUAUUUAGACUUGUCAAGAAAUAACUUGUCCGGAUCAAUUCCAGAAGGUCUGCAAGAUAUUUCUAUUUUAACAUACUUCAAUCUUUCUUUCAAUAUGUUGCAUGGUGAAGUACCAAAAAAAGGUGUCUUUAGCGAUGCAAAUGCAAUAUCAUUGACAGGGAAUAAUGGCCUCUGUGGUGGCAUAUCAGAGCUAAAACUACCAUCAUGCCCUGUUAAUGACAAGGGAGAAACAAACCAUCAUAAUUUGAAGUUGGUAGUAGCAAUAUGUUGCGUGGUGGGUUUUCUUCUUCUUUUACUUCCAUCUAUACUUUUUAUUUAUCAUAAGAGGAAAAGGAGCAAGAAAUCUUCUGAGAGUCCACCAACAAUUGACCUACUUCCCAAGGUGUCAUAUCAAAGUCUACACAAUGCCACAGAUGGGUUCUCAGUCAACAACAUGAUAGGAUCAGGAAGUUUUGGCUCUGUAUAUAAAGGAAGUCUUGAGUCUUAUGACGUUGUUGCAGUAAAGGUCUUCAACCUUCGAUGUAAGGGAGCUCCAAAGAGUUUCGUGGCUGAAUGUAAUUCACUUAGGAAUACAAGACAUCGGAAUUUGGUAAAAAUUUUAACAUGCUGCUCUAGCAUAGAUUACAAGGGCAAUGAAUUUAAAGGUCUAGUUUAUGAGUACAUGGUGAAUGGAAGCCUGGAAGAUUGGUUGUAUCCAAGUGAAGAAAAUCCGAAUCCUCCAAGAAUGCUGCUUGUUGAUCAGAUAUUAAACACUCUUAUUGAUGUUGCAUCUGCAUUACAUUAUCUUCACCAUGAAUGUGAGCCACCACUUGUUCAUUGUGAUCUGAAGCCAAGUAAUAUCCUUCUUGAUGGGAACAUGGUUGCUCAUUUGAGUGAUUUUGGAUUAGCAAGACUACUUUCAACUAUAGAAGGCAUUGCUCCUACACAGAGCAGCACAAUUGAAAUAAAGGGUACUAUUGGCUAUGUUCCUCCAGAGUAUGGAUUGGGUUCUGAUGCAUCAGUACAAGGUGACAUGUAUAGCUUUGGCAUUCUUGUUCUAGAAAUGUUAACCAAUAGAAGGCCCACUGAAGAUAUAUUUAUGAAUGGUCACGAUCUUCAUAGCUAUGUGGAAAUUGCAUUUCCGAACAAGGUUUUGGAAGUGGUGAGCCCAACUAUUCUUCCAAGAGAAUCUGAACAUAGAACGGCAGAAUCAGGAGACUCAUGGAACAACAUGAUACAAAUCCAUCCUAAUUUGCAGAAAUGCUUACGUUCUUUAUUUAAGAUUGGACUUUCCUGUUCAAUGGAAUCUCCAAACCGAAGAAUGAGUGCUGCAGAUGUCAUCAGGGAGCUAAAUUCUAUCAAAAGUUCCGUACCUUCAGGUAAUCGAAUGUUAUUUGGUCCACCUGUUUCAACAAAUAAUCGAAACGUCAAUGGGAUGAGCUAAACACUGUUUGCAUAGGCAUGUCUAGUUUGUAGCCUUGUUUGUAUGCGCUUAUUUUUGAUUACUUGGUCUACACGUGGUCUUCACAAGUUUAUAGGCGGAGAUCAUCAUAAUGUGCUUUAUGUUUGUUUUUAUUAUUUGUGGUUGGGAGAAGAGCUUCCUUUGUUAUGUAUGACUAAUAAUGGUUCCUUAACGAUAUUGUGUCCUCUAUGUUUCAUCCUCUUGUUCUAGUAUCUACUGUGCACUUUGGGUAUGCGGUUUCUUU